AUGGGCAAGCUCCCAACCCACCUCCCGCGGCCGACGAGCCUCCUCUGCCACCGGCCCAGAACGUCACUCUCAAUCACCUCGUCCUCUUCGCCUUUACCCUACAACGCCUCGACCCCGGUGCAAAGGACAUCCCUCACCCAGACCCGCGCCGCGACCUUUGUCCCCCGCCCGCGCCGUCCCUACACCUUCACCCAGCUCGUCCAGCUCUCCGACGGCAGCACCUACACCGUCCGCUCCACCUCGCCGGCCCCCCUCGUCCGCUCCGCAAAGGACUCCCGGAACCACGCCCUCUGGCAGCCGUCCGACAAGUCGCUCAAGAACGUCGAGGUCGACGAGGCCGGUAAGCUCGCCGCCUUCCGUGAGCGUUUCGGUCGCGGCUUCGACCUGGCCGCGGAGCCUACCGAGGAGGAGAUCGCUGCCGCGGCUGCGACUGCGGCUGCUGGCGGAAAGGAUGGGGCUGCCGCGGCGGCCGCUGCCGCCGAGAAGAAGGCUCCCGCCAAGCCUACCGAGGAAGACGAUAUCUUCGACAUGGGCGACUUGAUCAGCGGAUACGCGGCGAUGCAGCCCCAGCAGGCGGCCAAGGAACCCCCAAGAAGGCGGCGGCAGCGGCGGGCAAGAAGGGAAAGAAAUAAACAAGAGGCAUGA